AUGUCGAAUCAACCCCAAGGCGGAGAUUUCUGUCUCGAGUGUCACUGGGAGGGUUUUAAUAUCGAUGGGAAAGCCUCCGGUGACAGCUCGGGCUCCCAUUCACAGUCCCAGUGGGAGUGUUCGCAGCCUGAACUCCACACCGCGCUUGCCGACAACAAGCCGCCUAACAAUGAUUGUUGUGAGGCCGAGGAUUGCGCGCUAGACUGUGGGUCAGUAUGUGAAGGCCUCGCAGACUGCGACGCUUCGACUGUCUGCUCCGUUGCUCAAUGUGACGAGACUCAUUGUGAGAACACAGACCCUGCUUGCUUCGAAGACCACUGCUGUGACGAUACGAACGAUCAGGACUGUGCCUUUGACUCCUUCUUCGGGCUUAAUACCCCUUUGUCCCUGGACACAUCCGGUCUCUUGCCGUCAACUGCGCCUGUCAUGGCCCCUGAUCUCGUCGAUGACCAGGGCAAGUCGCUAGACCCUACCCUCCCAGGUGCCAUCGAUCCCUGCUACCACCAAGAUUUUCUCCAUUCCUACCAGAGUCAUGCAAAUCAUUGCGAACACAAUGUUGCUAGCCAUUUUGAAUGCGAUGACUUCCAGAGGGACCUGCAGGGGAUGUUCACACAUCAACCAUUCCCUCAGCAGACUGAAGUCAACCCCCAAGACGUCUUCCAGAUGCUUGGGAUGUGCCCAGAUUACACUGUCUGCCACGACCAUGUUGCCCCUCCCCAGCCAAGCGCCAGUGAACUUGAGAAGCCCGCGCAGGAAGAGAUCCCUCUCGGUCUCAAUUGUUUCCAUCCCGAGCACCACCAUGUCCAUGGUUCUUCCCAUGGUUCCUUCAAGAACCCCAAUGAUUUGAAUCUCCAUAUCCCACGAGGACCUCUUCGCAACCACCAUAGGUGUAGAGUUCAUCAUCACCACUCCCACCCCUACUCGCCAUACUCCCGCCACUCCCGUUCGAGCAUUAGUUCGCACUUCAUGUCAAGCCCCGGGGAGACCCCGCCGCCGCUGGACGGAGGCAUUUCGUCAGUUUUGACGACUCCCGACUUCUCCGCCGAGGACAGCGACUUUCAUACAUGCAAAUGGGUUGUCAAUAUCAAUGGGAUCAAGGCACCAUGCGGGAUCACUUUCACAGAUUCGGGUGCUCUGCAAGAUCAUCUUGUUUCGACACAUAUGAACACUGUUGAUGGCGCCAAGGGCAAUGGGUAUUACUGUUGCUGGGAAGGUUGCCAUCGGCCCGACGAGCCAUUCUCUCAAAAGUCAAAGCUUCAGGGUCACUUCUUGACGCAUAGUAACUAUAAAAACUUUAAAUGCUCUGUUUGCGGAAAGUCUUUCGCUCGACAGGCAACUCUAGAUCGACAUGAGCGUAGUCACCGCGGUGAUAAACCGUAUAGGUGCAAGGAUUGUGGGAAAACAUUUACCGAUAGCAGUGAACUAAAAACACACUCCCGAACCCAUAGUGGUGAAAAGCCGUUCCAAUGCACGUUUCCAGGGUGUAACUUCACGACUGGCGAUUCAUCAAACAUGUCUAGUCAUAGGUUGACACAUGGCGAACGAAAACACAAGUGCCUCUACCCGGGAUGUACUAAGAGUUUUACUCGACCAGACCAAUUGAAGCGCCAUCAAAGAACAACACACAAAAUAGAGACCUCGUCGCUUCUUUCACCGAGUCCCGAAGACUUCGCUCUUACACCUUUCGGUGUUGUCUAA